UAAUGCCAAGAGGGGUUUCAGGUUUGGCAAUGUGUGUGUAUAUAUAUAUAAAUAUAUAUAAACCCAUCAAAUCUAUCAUGCCAAAUAGGAAAAAAAAUUCAGAACUGCCAUCGAAGAAGUCAAAAACCACAGAACAAUUCUUGUGGAUUAGCCCAAAUUGGUUAAAAGCAGACACACGGAUCAAUGAAAUGAAGUUCCCUUUCUGUUGUUUUUCUUCUACCUCGGCCGCCGCCCCCACCAAUGGAAGUCGUCUUGGACAACAAACCCAUGAAAAUUUGCGAUUGUUCUCCUAUGAUGAACUCAAGAUUGCCACUGAUAAUUUCUCUGCCUCAAACAAGAUUGGAGAAGGAGGCUUUGGCUCUGUCUACAAGGGAUUCCUACAAGAUGGUACUGUUGUGGCUGUAAAAGUUCUAUCCGUUGAGCUUGAAUCGAUGCAAGGCGAAAGGGAAUUCGUAUCAGAAUUAGCUGUUUUCUCCAAUAUUAAGCAUGAAAAUCUCAUUACAUUACAAGGAUGUUGUGUCGAGGAAACUUACAGAUUAAUUGUGUAUGAUUACAUGGAAAACAAUAGCCUGGCUCACACAUUGCUUGGGGGAGAGCAAAACAGGAUGAAAUUCAGCUGGCAAGUAAGGCAAAAAAUAUUGAUAGGUGUUGCUCGCGGACUUGCUUAUCUUCAUGAAGAGGUUACGCCUCAUAUUGUUCAUCGAGACAUCAAAGCAAGCAAUAUACUACUUGAUCGAGAUUUUACUCCAAAGGUGUCUGAUUUCGGGUUGUCGAGGCUACUUAGGGACAACCAUUCAUACAUUAGUACUCGUGUUGCAGGGACAUUGGGCUACCUUGCUCCAGAAUACGCCAUUACCGGACAUUUGACACGAAAAUCAGAUGUCUACAGUUUUGGAGUGCUGUUAAUGGAAACUAUUAGUGGUCAGUCCGUGGUGAAUUUUGAUCUGCUAGAGGGACAAAAGUACCUUGUUCAGCUGGCAUGGGAAGCAUACCAGGCAAGCGAUCUUGCACGGCUAAUAGAUCCUAUGCCGGGUUUGAAUUUAUCAAAAGGAGAAGAAGAAGCCGUUCGGUUCCUAAUGUUAGGCCUACUUUGCGUGCAAGAAACAGCGAGGCUCAGGCCAUCGAUGUCAACGGCUGUCAAGAUGAUGACUAAUGAAAUUGACAUCAGAGAUUUUAAGAUUUCCCAGCCCGGACUCGUUGCUGAUCUAAUGAAAAUAAAACUAGGCAGUAAAACUUCAUCCUCCAAGAGCUCGAUCACCACCGCGACCAAUACUUCGUACUUUUGAGUUUUGACAAUUACAGCUUGUUCUACAUACCAAAAGAAAUUUGUACAACUUUCCAGUUAGGUCUAGUUUGAGAGCACCUCUUUUUUUUUUUUCAAAUAUUGGGUGCAUUUUUUUAAUGUAAAUUGUGUUCUGAUAUUCAUCAUACUGAUAUAGAAGGUAAAAGUGUUGAAGUUUGUUGCAUUC